ACAGAUUCAGAAGCCCUCUUUCAGACUUCACUCCAGUCUGAGCAGUUUGCUUCUCAAUAGCCUAACAGUAUUUCAUAGUACUGAAGUUUACAGUUUAAAAGAGCCAGGGAUGAUUCUUCUUACUGUGCUUUUCCCUUGUAUCAUUUCAACCUACUCAGCAUCUGUGAAGGGCCACAAUACUGGUCCACGGAUAAACAAUGACAAGUUAUACAAAUUUGCUUACUCUACGGAAGUACUUAUUGACAGGGUGAAAGGUGCACCACAGGAGAGUGCAGGCUACCAAAUUUCAUCUGAAGUGGAUGUCAACUUAGUAUGGAGGAACCCCAAUAAUGAUGAUGACCAGCUGAUCAAAAUUGCGAUUCAAAAUGUAGCUGUUGAAAAUGUGAAUGAGCGCCCACCUGGGAAAAAUGUUUUUAAGGGCAAAAAAACAGAUGUAGUAAUUGAAAAAGAACAGCUGAUUGCUUUAAAAAGGCCUGUGGUUCUGCACUGGAUUCGUGGAAAGAUUAAAACCUUCUACUCCUAUGAAAAGGAACCUGCAGUUAUUCAGAAUCUCAAGAGAGGGUUGGCGAGCUUGUUUCAGAUACAGUUGCACUCUGGGACUACAAGUGAGGUGGAUAUCUGUGGGAAAUGCAAUGUUACUUACCAGGCUCGAGAAAACCAACUCACUAAAAUAAAAGCUUGUAAGUUAGAACGGAUGGGUUUUACCAGUCAAAAUCAGAUCUUUGACAUCAGCAAAAAAUCCUCUUCGGCUACAAUAUAUGUGCUGGAGGACACCUUCAUUAAAUCUGUGCGAGCAGAGGAAAAUCACAUUUUAAAAGCAAACAUUCAUCGAACAAGUGAUGCAAAAAUAGUUUCAAAGCAAAAAAUGGAACUGAAAUCAACAGAAGGUGGGCCAAGAAUGAUGGCUGGGAAACAAGUUGCCAGCAUUGUCAAGGCUCUGGAUUCAAAUUAUGUUGCGGUUUCACUAAUGGCAGAGCCUGCCUCAGAUGAAUGCAGAAAUUGUCCCUCGCUUUCUCAACAAUGGGAGAACAUCCGAAAACAGUUGGAACCAGAAAACCUUUCAAAAGCUGAUGCUGUAAGAGGAUUUUUAUACUUUAUUCAGAAUUUAAGAAAAGCUACGAAAGAGGAAAUCCUCCAGAUACUCAGAAGUGAAAGAAACAUUGGAAUACUUCCUCAGUUAGUUGAUGCCGUAGCCUCUGCACAGACCUCGGCGUCUCUAGGAGCCAUGCUGGAUUUUCUGGAUUUCAAGAACAAGAAUGGAUCUGUCCUUCAAGAGCGGUUCCUUUAUGCCUCUGGGUUUGCUUCUCAUCCUAAUGAGUUCCUACUCAAAUCUUUAAUUAAUACUUAUAACAGUCAAAUCGGCAGCACUGAAAUCCGAGAAAUGGUUGUUAUAAUUACUGGAGCACUCAUCAGGAAGUUGUGUGACAGAGGAGGCUGCAAACUACCUGCUGUUGUGGAGGCCAAGAAACUGAUCUUCGGGGGCUUGAACAGGGCAGAAAAAGCUGAUGAUGUGAAGGUUUACCUUCUGGCACUGAAGAAUGCUCUUUUGCCUGAAGCUAUUCCCGUGCUUCUGAAAUAUGCGGAGUCAGGCGAGGGACCCAUCAGCACUGUUGCUGUGACUGCCUUGCAAAGAUAUGACUAUUCCUUCAUUAACAGUGAGGUGAAGAAAACAAUGAACAGGAUUUAUCACCAGAACCGCAAAGUCCAUGAGAAAACUGUACGUGUCACUGCAGCUGCUAUUAUUUUCAGCAACAAUCCUUCCUUUAUGGAAGUAAAAAACCUCCUGCUCUCAAUUGGAGAGCUGCCACUGGAAAUGAAUAAGUACAUGCUUUCCCUAGUCCAGGACAUUCUGCGUUUUGAAAUGCCUGCCAGCAAAAUGAUUCGCAGCGUUCUGAAGGACAUGUUGAUUCACAACUAUGACCGAUUCUCAAAGUUGGGUUCUUCUUCAGCCUUUUCUGGACACCUAAAACGUGGCCCAGAUGUCUCAUCUACGUAUAGCCUUGACAUCCUCUAUUCUGGCUCUGGCAUCUUUAGAAGAAGUAACAUGAAUAUCUUACUUUUCAAUAACUUUGCUCGGCUGCUAGCCACCAAGGUGGUCCUUGAGGCCCAGGGUCUGGAAUCCUUAAUAGCUGCAAAUGCAGAUGAAGGUGAAGAAAAUCUGGAGUCCUUUGCUGGUGUGUCAGCAAUUGUAUGUGAUGUUCAGCUUAGGCCAGUCACCUUUUUCCAAGGGUAUGGUGAUUUAAUGUCUAAAAUGUUCUCAGCCACUGGAGACCCCGUAAAUGUUUUAAAAGGACUCAUCCUCCUGAUGGAUUACUCCCAGGUAAUUCAGCUACAAUCUGGUCUGACUUGCAGCACUGAAUUCCAGGGAGGCAUUGCCAUUGAUGUCUCAGGUGGGAUAGAAUUCAGCCUUUGGUACCGGGAAUCCAAAACUUAUGUUAAAACCCGGGGAGCUGUGGCGAUCGUUGGCAACAUUGUUGUGGACGCCUCCUUUGUGAAGGCCGGCAUGGAAACCAGUUCUGAAGUUGAAGCAACGCUGGAUGUACGCACCACUGUACAGUUUUCACAGUAUCCCUUUUUAGUCUGCAUACGGAUGGACAGAACUGAUACCCCAUUCAGGCAAUUUGUUACUAAAUACGAAGGCCUAACACCUGGAAAACCCUAUGUCACUCGAAAAGGAAAAGUGGGGCUGCUGGAUGGUUCUGAAUAUCCCCUCCACCAAGAGAACUCCCAUAUGUGCAGGAAAGUUUUCAGUGACCAGUCUGACUCCUCAUCAGAAAGUUGGUUUUAAUAGACAUCUGACCAACCCCAUGCCUGAUGUUGGCUUCCAUGUACUGCUGUGCCAGCUUAGGGCCUGAAUCUGUGAUGGUCAUGUCUAUGAGAACUUUGCUGUCAACUUCAAGAGGCCCAGAAUCAAGUCUUGAGUUUGUAUAUACUUGUUUACAUAUUUACUUAUAUUUAAGAAGUGGGUGUCUGGGGUAGGGUGGGUUAGGGCGGUAAGAAGCAGGGCUUUACACAAUUCUAUGAUUCAAGAGAUUCACACAGGGCUUGGCAUAAUGUGAUAUGGCACCUCACCUUAUGUUUCACAAAGUAUGUUUCUUUGAUUUUUUGUCCCCAAAAGUAUCUAGUUUAAAAUGAAGGUGUAACUUGGAUUGGGACCACAAUGCUGGACAAAGAUUUUUGUCUCUGGCUCAUUCUUUCUCCCAUCAAUCCCAAAACUUCAAUAUUCCUCUAAAGGUGCUUCUAAACUCAAAAGUAAAAUAAAUACAUUUGUGCUGUAUCUUUCCUCUCCUCUCCCCAUUUAAUAAUAGUUCAAGUCAUGUAAUAGCAGAAAAUUAUGUCAGGGAAGGGGAAUGCAGGGAAAUGCUCGAUAUUUCCUUGCUUAACAUUACACUACCAUAGUUCCUUCAACCAGAGAAACCCAAAGAUUCAGAUUUAGUUGUGAAUCAUCCUAAUAUAUCUAGCUUGUCCCAGAAGAUCCACAUCACUUUAGUGUUUAAAAUAAAACACAGAAAAUGUACAUUGUUUCCUAAACCAGGAAAUACAAAAGACUGUGAUAGGCAUUUUUGAAAGUGACACAGUAAAACUAUUAUUAUUUAUAAGUGUAUGUAUCAUUGUGCCAUCUUACUCCACAGCAGACCCAUUGUUGAAGGGAUUAUCAUUUCAGUGGGUUUUUAAAAAAAAAAAAAAAAGAUGGUGUUUUCAAAAACAGUAUUCAGUGCAAAGCAUUGGUGAAGCUGGAACUUUGAUCUUCUUGAGAAUAUAAUUUUUUCCCACUGCCAAACUUGAACAGUCCUGAUUCGGUAAGAACAUUUUGUUUUCUGCGCAUAAAUUAUUAUGUAUUUUUAUUCACAUUUGUAUGUCUGCAUUUUUUCUGUGCAUGUACACAAUGACAUGCACUUUUGCGAGCAUAUUUUUCAUAGCUAGUUGAAUGGAAAAGCUGAACUAUGUUCUAGGACAACCCCAUACAUUUUAAUGGGGUGACAGUAGAUGUUCCUAAUGGAUGUUUACCUCUCCCAUGUGUAUUGUUGGAUGAUUUGUUUAAUUGGAAUAGAGAGAGAAAAUAGUGUUAGGGAAUUAAUUAUGUUCUUUUUGAUUCACCACCCCAUUCCCCAUCUGUCAAUUCUGAAGAAUUUAGGUUAACAAACUGUGCACUCAUAAAUGAUACUUCAUUUUAAAGUGUUGGUUGUAUUUGAUGAAAGAAAUGGCUGCCAACAGUAAAAUACAUAUUCUGUAUUGGUCUGUAGUUUUGAAACAAAUCUUUUGACUGGGGUCAAGAGAAGAUCUGAACAUAUCGGGGCCAAAAAACUCCCUACACUUUAUUAAUGUCUUCCUAAGCUACUUUAUUUUUUACAUUGUAUUACAUUAAGACAGCCAUGUGUCCCAUGUAAUCUGUUUAAUCUGUAAAAUCCGUCUGCAUAAUCAUAACCUAUACAUUAGUUCUCUGGUUUUCCUCAAAUACUUUACCUGCCAAAUUCAUCAGAAUGACUGGAGCUAUCCUGAUACUUUUAUUACUUGUUAUGAAAUGGAUAGAUACUUAGGUAGGUAGGUAGGUAGGUAGGGAGAGAGAGAGAGAGAGAGAGAGAGAGAGAUGAUCUUCCAGAAAUGACUGCUUUCCUUUUUGUCAGAUAAAGUAAUCAUGACAUAAUUAUAUCAUAAAAUGCUGGGACUAAAAAGAUCUGCUGUUGGAAUUUGACAAGACAGACAUGACUUCAGUCCUUAGACAUUUUAGCUUGAGACAGUCCCUAAUGUACCUCACAGAGGUUUUGGGGGACUAGAAGGAGAUUUGUAUAUCUUGCCUUAAGCAUCUUGGAGGAACAGUAGAAAAAGAUGAAACAAUUUGGUUUUCACAAGAAACAACACACACGUUCUUCCAUAAGCCCUCCAAUUAUUACUAGGAAGGCAAGGACAUCCAGCUAAUCCAAAGUGUACUUUCCAUCUCUGUAUACCUAUGGAACCUGCAUGGAAAUAGAUGUGAAGGCUCCAUCAAUUCACUGGAAUUCCUGUCUUCAAGGAGGUGUUGAAUUAUGUUCACCUUUGUUUCCUAGUGAGUCAUUUUUCAACAGGAUGAUUACACUUUUAAAAACAUUAUAUAUUGUUGUCAACAAUUACAAACUUGAACUCCCAUACAAAACCUAUCAAAUAAAAUGGGAAAAAUGAA